AUUGUUCAAGCGUCACAUGCCAGCUCCGCACUGCACGUGCAGGGCGCACAGCAUUGCCUGAGAAAGAGGAGGCGCCGGGUAGUGCGCAUGUUCGAGAGUAAACACUGAGCACAUGGCAAACCUGGAGUCAUCGUUUCAGCACUGGACAGCUCUCUCCGCGCGCGCUUCUGGGGCAUGUGUAAAGUGACCAUCCGUCACAGCUGGUGGGGGGCACGAGCGUUGAGCAUGCACGGCAGACUCCACAGCAUUCCCCGCGCGACUGCUGCCAAUCACGCCGAGCCUCGAGACAUGAGCAUCCCGGAGUUCCUCCUGGAACUGUCCAUCGUGGCCAUAGCUGUCGUCUCGUUGCUGACCAACCUGUCGGUGCUGCUAUGCUUCACCCAGAGCGCCGAGCUAAGAUCCCACGUGCCAGGCAUCUUCAUCCUAAACCUGUCCUUCUCCAACAUCCUCCUCACCGUCAUCAACAUGCCCGCCACUUUUCUUGGAGUGGCCAAAGGCGCUCCGCCCCUCGGCGACUUGCUCUGCCCAGCUGUGAGUUUUGCUGAGACUUUCCUCACCGCCAACGCGAUGCUGAGCAUGGCCGCGCUGAGCAUGGACAGGUGGGUCGCCGUGGUGUUCCCCCUCAGGUACUCCAGCAAGAUGCGCUACAGGGACGCGUGUCUGAUCGUGGCGUACUCCUGGCUGCACUCGCUCUCCUUCUCUCUGACCCAGCUGCUCAUGGCCUGGGGAGGGUACAGCCACACUUACGCGUCGUGCACGGUCCGCCUGGACGGGCAGACGAGGUCGCAGCUGGCCGCCUACGCGAGCUUCACGGCGCUGUUCCACUGCAGCAGCUUCGCGCUAUGCCUCCUCGUGCUGUGCUUUGCCUACCUGAAGGUCCUGAGAGUGGCCAGGUCCCACUGCAAGAUGAUCGAUGUCAUCACAGUGCACACUCUGAUUCUGUUGGUUGAUAUCCCCCCCAGUGUGAAGGAGAGGUGUCUAGCUGAGCAGAAGAAGAGGAGGCAGCGCGCCACUAAAAAGAUCAGCAUCUUCAUCGGCACCUUCAUCCUGUGCUUCUCACCCUAUGUUAUUACCAGGUUGGUGGAGUUGUUGCCCUCUGUGCACGUCCCCCGGUACUGGGGCAUAACAGCCAAAUGUCUGUCCUACGCCAAGACGUCCAGCGACCCGUUUGUGUACUGUCUGCUGCGGCAGCAGUACAGGAAGGUCCUCGUUGGUCUCAUCCGGCGCGUUCUGAGACAGAAGCCCUACGCGCUGUCCAUCCACAGCGCCAGCAGCACGCUGGACACCACCACCGACGACAGCUGCGUUGCCAGAAUCACCUGAGCUGGAGGUGCAAAAUAUUUGAAAUGAUUCAACAUCUGCGUUCUUCUCGCAGGGAGGUCCGAGGUCAGGGUUUUCUGAAGAGCAGCAGCCCUGCAGAUGGAACCGCAACGGAGUCAGUGCCUUGCUCAAGGACACUUUAACAGAGAGGUGGACCACAGUGUGUGGUCAAUGAGACGCACUGUGAUGUGUGCCAACGGCCUCCUCAGCCUCAACAGACUGCUGUUCCACAGGCUUGUCAGUUUGCCAAAAAAACACCACAUGAAACCUACAUUAUAUUAUUAGGUUUCUUAUAUGUACGUAUGCUUAUGACUUUCAUCGAUGGACAUGUAUGGUUUGAAGAAACCUGGAUUUGUUCUGAAGUGGUCUUCAUGUUUCAGUGAAAGAACUGGAAAUAUGUUCAUUCUGGUGACAGUUUGGAAGUUUAUAAGUGUUAAUUAGAGACAUUUCUAACAUGUCGAGUGCACUAAUAUGUGGACACAUAUUAAAAAAAUAAAUAAGAGAGCCACACUAUAGUCCACUGUAAAUAACAGUGAGAAACCAUUAGAUUCUGGUCAAAAUGUGAUACUAUAGGUUAUUUAAAUGAUAGUUAUGUUGAACGUGUAGCAGUUGAUCCAAACAUUUUUGCCUUGUGAUUCGUAAUCACGUGAGCUGUGAGUAAUUCAAACAGGGAGUGAGUCAUCUGACAGACUAGUAGUGCAGUGGCCUUGCAGAACAUUGCAACCGAUUGCUGCUUUCACCCGAACGACUUCACACCAUGGAUGUAUUAGGAGACACUCAGCAGUACACCUGCCACGACAUCCCUCAUGGUCAGAAACACUGGUAAAAUACACAAGCCAGACCCACAUCCAGAUGUUGGGUCUGGAAACUCCCCAUUGGCUGGGCUCAAUCCGAGGGGCGGGAUAAACGGUUGUCUUUCAAAUCCCCUUUGCAGGAAGUAGGAGAGAGCGACAACCAAUCAGAGCAAGGCUGGUUGAUAGAUUAAACACAUCUUCCUUUUUUAAGAAUGACUUCAGAGCUUAACUCCAAGUCUUCGGAGUCGUGGCCAGUGUCGAUUGGAGAGGCCGCAGUUCUCCAGCAGCAGCAGCCAUCUUCUUUGUUUUUAAGUAGCAGAGAGUUCCAUAGGGGAAUACACGCCGAACCGUCGCGACUCUGCCGGCAUUACUUCAAGCCCGUCCACAGACUCUAUACACGCUAAAAAUCCCACCAAGAGCAGACUGUACCAUUAGGCAAGACAGGCAACUGCCUGGGGAGUGAGGUAAAAGGGCCCCAAACAGAUUCAUAUUGUGUAGAUAUGAAAAAUAUUGAAAAUAUCACCAUUAGGGGUGAUUGGGGGUGGCAGUAGCUCAGUCUGUAGGGGGUUGGGUUGGGAACCAGAGAGUCGCUGGUUAAAGUACCCGUACAGAGUGUAGAUUGAUAGCUGGAGAGAUGCCACUUCACCUCCUGGGCACUGCUAGGUGCCCUUGAGCAAGACAUGGUACCCCCCCCCCCCCCCCCAACCACUCAGGGUGCUGGUCCAACUGGCAGCCCAGUCACUCUUACAACUCUCCAUUUGUGCAUGAACAGGUCUUGAGCAUGUGUGUGUAUUUCAGGCCUGUGUGUAGUGAUUACUAACAAACACAGUGUAAAUUGUAAUUUACCCCCUGGGGAUCAAUAAAGAGUAUAAAUUAUUAUUUUUAUUAUAAAUCCAACGGCACCAAGUCGUGGCUGCCUUCAGCCAAAUGUACUCAGUGAAGGUAGGCUAUUGGCUUAGUUGCGUGCUUUGACGUAACCACCGCAGCCAGGUCUAAAGGUAUUGUUCAUACUAACUUUACACUAAUAUCAAAGUAUUAAUGUUCUUAGUAGGGCUGUCUCGGGAAAGUCAAAUGGUUGGUGACUAUUCAGUCUACUGAGAUUCUUCAAGUCAAGCAGUGGUUUGGUUGUUGUUGUCAGUCAGAGAACUGCUACUUCUGGAGAUAUUAUGGUCGUGGUACCGGUUGUUCUCAGUAUUACAGUAAACAUCCACGGUACAGGCAGCUGCAGAACCGGACCCAGGGUGGUUCUGAGUGAGAAUUCGGCUUAGAAGCUCACUUAGAAACUUAGUGUCUGGCUUCUGUUUGACAUCUAGUGUUUGCAAAAACUGUUGCAAGCAUACUUUAAGCUAUUUCAUUGAGUUGGCUCGUCAAUUUGAAAUGGACUUUUAUUGUG